GAGGCGGCCUCACAGUGGAGCUCUGCAGCCAGGCUCACUCCUCAGCAGUGUCAGACAGAAACAAGUAUGGCGGCCGCCAGUGUUUUCAGACCGGGCUUGUUUAACAACAAAGUCGCGAUAGUAACGGGAGGAGGCACCGGUAUCGGUAAAGCUAUUUCUGCUGAGCUGCUGGAGCUGGGCUGCAGUGUGGUGAUCUCCAGCAGGAAGGCAGAGAGGCUGGAGGUCGCAGCCCAGGAGAUGAGACAAAAAAUCCCUCCCUCCAGCCCUGCACGUGUCACCCCUGUAACGUGCAACAUCCGCAGCGAGGACGAGGUGAAGGCUCUCAUGUCCUCGGUGCUCAAGCAGUUUGGCCGAAUCGACUAUCUGGUGAACAAUGGCGGAGGUCAGUUCAGCAGCCCAGCCGAGCACAUGUCCUCCAAGGGCUGGAAGGCGGUGAUAGACACCAACCUGACUGGAACCUUCCACUGCUGCAAGGAGGUUUAUGCCUCAUGGAUGAAACAGCACGGAGGUGUGAUCGUCAACAUCAUCGCUGACAUGUGGAAGGGAUUCCCAGGCAUGGCCCACACAGGAGCUGCGAGGGCAGCAGUGGAUAAUCUUACUAAGAGUCUGGCCAUCGAGUGGUCUCCAGCAGGAGUCAGAGUCAACGCUGUGGCACCAGGUACAAUCUUUUCCAAAACUGCAAUGGAGAACUACAAGGAGCUUGGACCAAGUCUUUUCAAGAUGUCUGUUCCAUAUAGCCCUGCAAAGAGACUGGGAGUACCAGAAGAGAUCUCAUCAGCUGUGUGUUUCCUGCUCUCUCCCGCCGCCUCCUACAUCUCUGGAGCCACUCUGAGGGUUGAUGCAGGACAGAGUCUGUAUCACUCCCCAUGGGAGAUACCCGACCAUAGUUCAUGGCCUGAAGCCCCAGAGGGGGAGAACCUGGAUGCUCUGAACGACCUGCUCCACCCACAAAGCAAACUGUGAUGUGAUGCAGUCUGAGCCUAAUGCAUUACGGCACAAUUAGCCAAUAGGCAUCAUGGAUGUUGAGAGUAAGACAGUUAUGUUGAUUAUUACAGCUGUGUACAUAAUUGUUUGAAAUGUUGUAGCAACAUUAGUUAAUUGUGUCUUGUCUAAUGGUGUGUGACAUUAAUUCUGAAGAGCAAUUUUCUUUCUCAAAUAACUUUGUAAUUUUUUAAGUAAACAUACAGCUGAUUAAAACAAUUGCUAAAUUGUUGCAAAGUUCUUCGCAAAUAAACACCACAACAGACACGAACCAGAAUGUAAUAUUUGUAAAUAAUUUUGAAAAAUAUUGAAGCUUUUGUUAAUUUCAGUGAUUUAGUGUCACUGAGACAGUUUCAAUAAUAAGAGCUGUACAAUGUUGAAAUCAAGACAUUUUUUGUUUGAUGCAGUUUUUUUAUUUGUCUUUGAUAGAUUUCUUAAUGUUCCAUCAGGAAAGGUUCAGUCAUGUAUGGAAAACAGAAGCCUUACACUGAAUGUCUUUGGCAUGCAGUUAUGAUUUAAAAUUACACAAUAUUUUUAUAACAUAAUGAAAUGUUGAGCUGUUUUUCCAAUGUAUUUUAAUUGAAGGGGGUGAUGCAAAUGUAAAAUUCUUUGUCAUUCAAAUACAAAAAACAUUACUAAUUCAAAUUAAAAAAAAAAUAUUUUACCACAAAA